GAACACUUCAUCUCCUCAGGGGACUGAGGAAUUACAUUACAUUAUAUUAUAGACAUCAUUUGUUCUGUGUAAGUCACUAGUGAAAAACUUCCAAGGGUGCAAGGUAACAUCAUACAAAUAACUUUCCAUUUCUAAAUAGCAAUGAUUGUAUUUGUCUGCUUUGUUUAAAUGUGACAUUGUGACAUGGCAGCUAACCGCACAGGAUUUAUAAUUAUUAUAAAAAGAAUUAAAAGGACAUUUUAGAAAAUCUUUCAUUUCUUAUAAAUUACAUUGAAAAUCAGAGAUCAGCUGACUGUUUCAGUGGGACACUCAGGAUUGUAGAGUGAUGUCAGUGUUUUUUUUACAUGUUUUCAGUCCGGGAUGACUUCAUCACAGGAUCAAGAUGAAGGUUUAUUCACCAUCCGGUUCAAGUGUUUGAAGUCAGACAAACCGCUGAAACCGAAAAUACACCUUGAAAUACUUCUUCAGACUUGGUUCAACAGAAGAGGAAAAAACCCAGACUGCUCGGUUGUAGAGGCUGUAGGAGAUGAUUGUGUCGUGAUAAACAUUCAACCUGUUCCAGCCCUGAGUGAACUUAGGAAGCUGCUUGGAGAAACACUCACCAGGAAAAAUGAGAUUUCUGUCAUCAUAACAUCAGUUAGUCUGUCACCACCAGAGCAGGAUACAAGAACACCAGAGGGUACUUCAGUGAACCCCCCUCCUCCUUCCAUGUCACCGCCACAAGCUGAGCAAGUGAAACAGAGUAGCGAAGUUUCUGCAGCAGGAGAAAAGGCGUACGGUGGUUGUAUUCCAGUGUGCCACUUCUGGUAUGUGAUGAACAUCUACAAAGAGAAACUUCAACGUAUAGAGAAAGAGAAUGGAGUUAAACUGAGGUCAGAAGUGAAAGUGACAUUUGAACAAGAACAGGAAGAUGGAGACCUGCAGAAAGAUGGAAACCCGCAGAAAGCUUUCAAUGAGCUCGCAGACCUUGUCCAGGGUUGCCUUCACGAUUCCAAUGGUUCAGAAAUUCCUCUCAAGUACGUUGAUCCAGAUCAGUGGAGAAGCGCACUGAAAAUUGUCCAAAAAAAGGAGAACAAGCUUUUGCUUACUAUGUCCUCCGACAAUAUUAUAGCAUGCGGACCAACCAGCAGUCAAAAUGAACUCGCUCGUACCUUAAACACAAUGCAGAAAACAAAUGCAAAUUCUUCACGUGAAGAAGAUGAAUGUCCUUCUGAAGACAUGUCACUGAUGAUUGACAUGACCAUCAACGACCCUCUCGUCGUAUCAGGACUAACCUUGGAGGAGAGCGUCUGGAAGCUGCUGACUGCUCCCUCCGAUGAGCGACUAGCAAAGAUCAAAGAUAAAUUUAAUGUUAACUUCAGAGAAUCAGAUGUCACUCAAGGCAAAGUCAAUGUCCAAGCAUGCUACAGAGGAGACGGAGGAAACGCCUCCAUGGAGAGCCAUGCCAUCAGAGCUCUUGUUCGUCUGUACCAGAGGAUUGCCACAUCACUUCUGAGUUCCAAUCAAGUCCAUGGUGCUGCUGGGCUCAGCAGAACUGGAGCACUGAAGAACUCGAAUAGUGCUCAUCAGUCAGAGGGGACCUCCAAUGGUCAUGUGGUGAGUGGACUAUCAGGACUCAGCAUGAACAACACUGAAGCACCCACCGGAGGGGGAGCAACAGCAGGAGAUGAUAAAGAUGACAUCUGUCCUAUAUGUAUGGACACAUUUAUCAAGAAGAAACAGCUCAAGUGUAAACAUGAGUUUUGUAAGGGAUGCCUGGACCAAGCUAUGAAAGGCAUGGGCCCCAUGUGCCCUGUAUGCAAAGAUGUUUUUGGUGUGAUAACAGGGGACCAGCCAGAUGGAAGAAUGUCAUGGAUUAAAUAUGCCCCAUCCCUGCCUGGAUUCCCAGACUGUGGAACUAUACACAUCACCUAUGAUAUUCCAAGUGGAAAACAGACGGAGAAACAUCCCAAACCUGGACAGUACUAUGGUGGAAUUAUGAGGACAGCAUAUCUUCCCGACAACAAGGAGGGAAACGAAGUGCUGCAGCUGUUGAAACGAGCAUUUGACCAGAAGCUCAUUUUCACGGUCGGGAUGUCCAGGACUACGGGGAUAGAGGACCAGGUGACCUGGAAUGACAUUCAUCACAAAACUUCCCAUACAGGAGGACCACAAAGUUUUGGCUAUCCUGACCCCAACUAUCUGAGCAGAGUCAAGGAGGAGCUGAAGGCUAAAGGCAUCAAGUGAAAGCUUUGAGGCAAAGUGGAGCCUAAUUUCACAUACAAGAAAAAAAUAUAUAAGACGAAUCUAUUAAAGAGUUGUUCACAAAUGUUUAGCCGUUUUUUUGCCUGGUAAUGUUUCAUGUGAUCAGUAAGGAUUGCUUGAGGUGCACUGGAAAUCAUUUACAGCUUAAGAGUUUAUUGUUUAGCAUUUUGAUUUAUCGACACUUAAGUUUCUUUAAUGAAGGAUUGUCUCAGUUUUUUGAUUAAGUUUCUCAACAUGUAACAACAUCCAAAUGAAAUUUUCUUUUAAGUGUAAUCUUGUAUCUACAACACAGAUGAAGUGGUUUUUUGGGGGGUGAUUUGCCAAAUAAAAGAUUAAAUUAACCCA